AUGUCUUGCGCAGCAGACUGUAACGCGCAGCAGACACUUGGUACUUUGUUGCAGUCGAAAUCCUACAGACUAUCAUCAAGCAAUGUUGAUGAUAAUGACUUGAUGAUCGUGGAUCGCUUUAUUUCGAUCAACCUGCGCGAUCCCUUCACUACACAAAUAUUCGAUAUUCCUGCUCGAGGGUCACUGUGCACACAUAUGGAAUGCUUCGAUAUCUCUACUUUCCUACAGACAAUCGCAGCUGAGCCUUUGUCGGAUAGCCAUAAAAUUUAUAUCAGGUGCCCCAUUUGCCGAAAGGAUGCACGACCUGGACUUUUAUUGAUUGAUGAGUUUCUUGGCGAGGCGAGGAACACUUUCCAAGGAGAACAAGUUGGAGACUGCAAAGGCUAUUCACAUCAAAAGCGACGGUUCCUGAUCUACUGUCUUGGAUACGAAGAGCGACAUUCGCAACGCAAGCCGGAAAUGGGACCGGAGGAGCUUUGGGUUUGA